GUUUUACUUAUUUUUAUCUAUUACUUUCUCGUUUCGUCGUCGGCUUGGAGGGGCAGUGAACGAAGUACCUACGUACCUCCCUACCUAGACCACCUACACACGUGAUUUCGUGUCAGUCAUCGACCCGCUACGCAAGCACCGUCGCGUCUCCUGGAAAUGUUCACAAGAAACUUCACCGUCAUCGCAGAACCGCCAAACGUGUUGCUGUCUCACGUGUGGCAGGUUCCUUGGAGUGCUCUCUAGCGCAAUUUUGGAAUGGCUUCUCGCCGUUUGCAACCCAUUGCCGUCGGUGUACCAUGGACGACUCCGAAUCUGCCAAUCCCCAGCUACUCGCCUGGGUCAAGGAAUGGCUGGACGUAGCCCGCGACAGAAACUCCAAAGGGAUCACUACCUACAAACAUGCCUACGACUCUCUCAAGGCGUGCCCUAUUACCUUUGAGCAUCCUGCUCAGCUUCAACAACUCAAGGGGUUCGGCCCAAAACUCUGCGAACGUCUCGAGGAUCAGUUAAAAAAGCACUGCCAAGAGAAUGGCCUCCCAAUGCCCCAACAUCCCCGGACGCGUAAGGCCUCACGAAAUGGCCAAAAUAACGACGACGACGACGAUGAAGGAGGGUCUUCAAGGCCAGCAAAGAAGGCUCGGAAACCUAAAGCCUAUGUUCCUGCCUUUCGAUCCGGUGCCUUCGCCCUGGUUGUCGCGCUGUCUAAUCAGGAUGAGGAUGUCUCUGUGGGCAUGACAAAGACUGACCUUAUCGAAGUCGCGCAGCCCCAUUGUGAUUCAUCUUUCACAGCCCCUAAUGAUCCGACAAAAUUCUACACGGCUUGGAACUCAAUGAAGACGUUGGUACAAAAGGAGCUCGUCUACGAGAGGGGCCGGCCGCUAAAGAGGUAUGCUCUGACUGAUGAGGGGUGGGACGUUGCGAAACGAAUUAAAGAAACGAGGCAAUGGCAAGCCGAGAAUGGCAACGGGAACGAGAUACAGCCCACAGGACGAACUUCCACCACCAAUAUUAGUACAAUCUCCGAGUCUAGGACAAGGUCGCCAUCGGUUGAAUCGCCAGAACCUCGACCAGAAGCUGGGCCAGCCCCGUCGAGUUAUCAGGACCUUGUAUCGGAUGGUCCGAUGGUUGACGAUGAUAGUGGCCUGCCUGCAUUUACUCCAAUUCGACUUCCCCCGGGAUCUUUUUCUGUCCACCUGCUCCUCGAUGUUCGGGAGGUCCGGGCGAAGACUGAUCGUGACUAUAUGCAAGAAGAACUUGCGAAGCAAGGAGCGAAACCCAUAAUGAGGAGUAUGGAGCUGGGCGAUGCCCAGUGGGUCGCCAAAUGUCAUGACUCGACCCUGCUCUCAAGACACGGUGCCGAAGGGGAUGAGAUUGUCUUGGACUGGAUCGUGGAACGAAAACGUUUGGACGAUCUGAUCAGCAGUAUCAAAGAUGGUCGAUUUCAUGAACAAAAAUUCCGCCUGAAAAGGUCAGGGACAAAAAAGGUUGUAUACAUUAUCGAAGAGAUCACCAUGGAUCCACAAUCCAUCCAGAGGUACGAGGAGGCCGUGCAAUCCGCCAUUGCAUCCACCCAGGUCGUCAAUGGCUACUUUGUCAAAAGGACGACGAAGAUGGAUGAGACGAUUAGGUAUCUGGCGCGAAUGACGGCAAUGCUGAAGCGGACAUAUGAGAGCAAGUCUCUAAACGUUAUCCCCACGAGGGUUCUCACGGCUCAGAACUACUUGCCCCUGUUGACCCAUCUGAGGGAAAAGGACCCGUCAGCCGGGUUUUAUGUCACCUACCCAGCAUUCUCAUCACUGGCGUCAAAAUCGGGAACGAUGACGCUCAGAGAUGUAUUCCUCAAGAUGCUCAUGACAACCAAGGGUGUCACUGGAGAGCGGGCUAUUGAGAUCCAAAAACGAUGGAAGACGCCCUACGACCUUGUCAAAGCUUUCGAGACGUGCGGAUCAGGAGAACAGGGAACCAAACGCAAGCGAGACAUGGUUUUUGCGAAGACCACACAGCUGGUCGGUCGCAAGAAAUUUAGCAAAGCUUUGAGCCAGAAGAUUGCAGAGGUAUGGGGAAAUGCUUGAGACAUCGAGCUGAUUGAUGAGAAAUGAUUAUUCGAGACUGAAACGAACA